UUGACAGACAACAACCCAUUCCACUUGACCGGUGCGGGCGACUGGAGUCCAUACUAUAGCAGUUAUCUGGCGUCCGCCACAUCCGCCCUAACGGCCACAUCGGGCUUCCCGUCCCCUCCCGUCUCGUAUCCCAUCGACGCCUCUCUCGUGUCCGUAUCGGCCGGCAGUAACAGUCACGUGGAUAACUGUCCGCCCAUUCAUGGCCCCGAUCGAGCCAACCCGGCCUCAACAUAUGGCACACAAAUAACCAUAACGUCGAGUCCCACAGAGAGCCUGUCCUCCACUUCGACCACAGGAACCGGAUUAUCGUUGAAAUCAACGGUAGAUUCCAUGCGAUUCAGCCAAGAGUUGGCAUUAUGUGAUCGACUGAGUGAACUGAGACAGGGCUUGACGUGCGGACCCAACGGACCGGCAGUGGUGUCCACAACGAACUCCGCGUUCAACAGCACCGGUACGUCGACGGUGGCCGCCGUGGCCUCACUGUUGCCCCAAUCGGUGAGCCACUCGUAUACGGCGGCCGCACUGCUCUCAUCGCACGCCUAUUACGCAAACUCCACGUCCAGUGCCGGCACGGCCUACCUCAACGGGCCCUCUGUUAUGGCGCCGUCGCUACUCUACCCCCAGUUAUAUCCGUCUCAGUUGGGUGGGGGCGGACAGCCUACUCAGCACUUGUUAAACAACAGUAAUGUGUUGGACAGACAUCACGAGACCAACGGUUCCGAUGAUGAGUGCCCUAUGAGUACAGAUAACGACAGUAAUAGUGAUUGUGAUCCACAGCAUCGAGGGGUCGGUAGUGCGCGAAGUCGUGCGAACAAUACCAGUGCUAUCGAUAAUGUUGUGUCCGGUAAUGGACAUCCACAUCAACAACAUCAUCGACACCGACAACAUGUAAGCACCAGUAGGUCAUCAAUAUUUGAUAGGACUGUUGUUCACCACUCGUCGCAUCAUUCAUCACAUGAAACUAAUGGCAGUAUCAGCGGUGGUGGUGCUGCCGGUGCCGUCACUACCAGUGCUAACAGUAGUAACACGACGACAACGACGACUACAUCAGAAACCCUUUGGAGGCCCUAUUGAUUACAAUUGAUUACUACCACUGAAUAGACAUUCAAUGAACAAGACAAUUUAUUGCCCAUAUAUUGCAUAUAAACAGUAUAUAUAGCUAUACAGCGCUC